GUGCUCUCACGAAUGCCGGAAAGGGCCUUCUCAGAGGGCAGCUGUUCGAUCACAUUACUUCCCGCUCUUGUUCUUAGCCACGGCGCAGUAUAAAGGUGGCAGUCAGCCCAGUCCUUCACCAUGCAUUUCAUUCACUUUACUUUGUUCCAAAACCCGUUCACGACAUAAAUACACGCCACAUCAGCUGCCAUCCUUUCAUCCUGCACUAAACACUCACCACUCGCGCACGUUAACAUGCCAUCUGCGGCCAUGGCACCUUCCGCUAUACGAAAACCACAACGAGUCAUGGCUCGCCGCAGUUCAAGACCAGCUACCGUUGCGACUAGGUCGUAUCUCUUCAAUCGCAGUGUCAGAAGCACACCAUAUCGUAUCAAACGCGCCUCAGCGCAGACACUCCAUUUCGAGAACGGUUGGAACGUACUGGACGCUUCUGGAGGUGCUGCUGUGACUGGUAUUGGGCAUCUCAGUACACGCGUUGAGCAAGUCAUGAUUAAGACUCUCAAGAGAGGCAUUGCCUACAUUUCUUCUAUGAUGUUUGAUACGGACGUCGCGGAAGACUUCGCACGCUUCUUAAUCACUACAACGGACGGCAAGAUGACCAGAGCCGUCUUCUAUUCCUCAGGGACUGAGGCCAACGAGGCAGCAUACAAGGUCGCCUUACAGUAUCACGCUACAGAAAAAGCGAACCCAGAGCCAACACGUACACUUUUUAUUGCCCGAGACCGUUCGUAUCACGGAACCACUCUAGGUGCUCUUGACAUGAGUGGACACAAAGCACGACGAGAGCUGUACGAGCGCGUACUACCACACAACACACAUCACAUUUCACCAUGCUACGCCUAUCGAGGUCUUCAAACGGGGGAGUCAGUGGCUGAGUACGUUACACGCCUCAAGAACGAGCUGGAACAGAAGAUCCAAGACUUGGGUCCUAAGAAUGUGGCCGCCUUCAUUUGUGAGCCCGUCGUUGGCGCUGCACUUGGCUGUGUUCCGGCCGAAGCUGGCUAUCUCGCGGCGAUGAGAGAAGUUUGCGACCGAUACGGAAUCCUCCUUAUCUUCGACGAGGUCAUGUGUGGGAUGGGUCGCACUGGCUAUCUUCACGCAUGGCAGAAAGAAGGCGUGGCACCAGACAUCCAGACUGUUGGUAAAGGUCUGGCCGGCGGUUUUCAGCAGCUAUCUGCAAUGCUCGUCAGUCCAAAAGUGAAUGAUGCCUUCGAGUACGGUCCUGGCUCUGGCGCUUUCAGCCACGGCCACACCUUCCAGAACUAUCCUCUGGCAUGCGCUGCUGGUCUCGAAGUCCAGAAGAUCAUCCAGGAAGAAAAUUUGCUGCAGAACGUCAAAGAGAAGGGCUUCAGGUUGUCGAAAUCGCUCAAGAAACGUCUUAGUAAUCAUCGACAUGUUGGCGACAUUCGAGGUGCAGGAUUGUUUUGGGGUAUUGAAUUUGUCAAGGACAAGCAGACCAUGGAGCCUUUUCCCGCGGAUAUGAAGAUAAACUGGAGGAUAUACGAGAAAGGUCUCGCACCACCAUACGAGAUACACGUCUACCCCGGGAUGGGUACUGCAGACGGUGUGAACGGCGACCACAUCAUCCUCUCCCCUUCGUAUAACAUCACCGACACGGAAAUCGAUGCCAUUGUCGACCGCGUCGCUCGGCUUAUAGAGGAUUACUUCGACACUCUCGACGUUCCGGCCACUCCCUAGAGCAUUCUUGUCAUGUUUGUGCAGCUCACUCUGCUAAUGACUUACAACGAUUUACGACUUACGAUAUUUCUUGCUUUCGCUUCCGUCGUCGGGGAUGGACAUGGAACGGCGGAUCAAGGAAAAUUAAGCUGGCUGUCUGAACUUUCUGUUCGCUUAUCAUUGGGGAAUGAUGGGAUCUGGAGGCUCGGUACCUAUAUCUCUUGCGGCUAAAUUUGUAUAGCGAUUCGCUUUACGAGGUAAUUCUCUCGGUAGAUCAGUUUGUGCGGUACCUAAUACAACCCUCUUACCUCCAGGACCAA